AUGCCUUACACAAGUUUUGGGCACCUAUUACUGGACCGACCUCUUCCCAGCGCAAUGGUCAGCGGCCUAAAUAAAAAGCCCCCCGGGUACACUAUACGGAUGUCCACUGGAGAUCCGUUCAAGGGCAGCACGAUCGGAACCGUUGCAGUUCUUGAACAUCAUCUUACAACACCAAUGCCGCAUGGCUGCGCCGCCAUGCUCCUUGCAGCUAUCACAUCCUCCAUGUUAGCUUCCUUUGCCAAUAUGCCGGAUGUGCUUGGGUAUGCUUCUGCCAUGACGCGGGACUCAGCGUAUUUUCCACAUGCUGCUGCAGGUUCAGUGUUGGAUGGGCUGAUGAGAUCCAGGAAGUUGAAAGAUAAAAAGGUCAGAUUGGGAGUCCUGCAGAUAUUUGGUUUUCCAACUUUUGUGCGAACGGAGACUAUAAUCGGGAUUUCUGAAGCCUCAGAAAGCUAUGGUUCGAUGGCUCAUUGCAUGGAGCUGAAGCGCAAUUUUGGCAAGUCUGGUAGCUUGCCUGCUUAA